GGAAGCCCUCUUAAGGACAUUCUGCUUCAGAAGGGCCACGAUGAAGGUUCGCUUCUUUCUUCUAGGACUCUUAGCCUUUCAGGUCGCUCUCGCUCUGCCAUCGAAUAUGAGAGAACGGAUCAUGCAGAGGGAUAAGUUCAUCGUAUUUCGGGACAAGGCCAUCGAUAAAUGCACAGAGACUUUUCAAAUCGAUAAAUAUAGUAUUAUCGAUUCCUUGAGUCAGUUCGAUGUUCCAGAUGAACCUAUGUUUAAAUGUUGGUACAACUGCUUCAUGCAGGAAAUGGGAUUCAAAAAAGGGAGAGAUAUUGAUUGGGACGUGGCAAAAAACUACACCAAAUCCCAGCUGAUGGAUGAAGAUCUCAAUGAUAAGGUUGAAGAACUUUAUGAUAACUGCCGGGAAGAGGUUCCUGUACACUUCAGAGAUCAGUGCAUUAUGGCUUAUGAGUUUAUUUUGUGUGAAGUUCGCAACUGGUCCAGGGUAAGUAACAGAAUCAUUAUCAUAAUAACGUUGCCUCUAUCGUAUUCUAUACAUGUUUCGAAAGUAUUUCGAUGACUUUUUUUUGGUUUUGUAGGAUAUUUAAUAUUUUUCAAAUAAUCAUUGGUGCAUAUCAACAAAAAAUUGUAAAUUUUUUGAAUUAUUUGAAAAUAAAGUUUAUUUUCCUACAUUACUUUUUGCACUGAAAUAUCGGGAGAAUGUAACUAUGGUUCACCACGUCACCAUGGAAUUUUAUUUGAU